UUGGCUCCAGCCCCCCGGUUACCGUUCUUCUCGGUGGCCUUCCCAAUGGGGAGCAUCCGGUAGAGAAUUCUUUGUCAAGGUUCCCUCCUCGGUGGCGCUUCGUGUCCCAAAGCGCUGCCCUGCUUGUCCGAGACCUGCCGAAAAACUCACGUGAUCUUCAUAAGGAACUAUCGUUUUUGCUGAGCUUCAGGAACUCCUGCUGUGGGAGUUAGGCAUCUCCAGCAUGGAGAAGAAACGUCCAGGUCCAGUCUUCGUGCAAAAUCCCGAUGGCAGCAUCGCCCAGGGAGUGCCUCCGGGCUUUCAAGAGCCCCACGCGCCCGAUACACCACGCUUCGGAGGUGCAGACAUGAACUUCAACACCUUGAGCGCAGAUAUCGUACGUGUCUUGGCGCGACAUGAAGCGGUCUUCUUGGCCUUGAUGCUGACGCACUUGCUGGCGGUUUGUACCUUCCAGUACAUUGAGCUCCAGUAUGAGGAUGACGCGGUGCUGGAGCUGUCAUUGAUCUAUCCAGACCUGGCUGAAAGCACUCUUCGAUCACUUCAUUGGUUGGCCUUUGUGGGCGAGGCGAGCUAUUCCAUCGCCUUUUUUGGCCUUGGCGUGGUGUGCGCUUGUCUGGCGAAGCCAGCAUUGUACGCCAGGUUUGCUUUGGUCGCGUUGAUUGGCACCUUAGGCCAGCUUCCGAUGGCGUACUUGAACCGUUUCAACUUGCUGGUGUUCUUCCUCCGGUUCCUCUCCUACGCCUACGCUCGCUUCUUGUGCAACCUCCUCCGGACGAUCGAUACCCUGCGCGGCGAUGCGCUGGUCAUCAAUCCAGAUCCAUGAGACCAGAAAAACGAAGUGUCCCACGACUUGAGCCUGGAGGGUGACCGAGAACGCCAAAGGAUGGAGUGCAGAGUCUUGUAAAAAGCGUCCCAC